AUUUGUUAAGCUGGAGUGAGCUAAUUAAGCGUUACGAGGCCAUCAGCAACGCCCAGCACCAGGAGACAAAUCAUGAUGAUGAUCAGCAAAUGUCUGUGGAGAUCGCAAGGCUGAGGCGUGAGUGUGACCAACUCAAGGCCAACAUAAGGAGGCAGACCGGAGAAGACCUUGCAUCCGCCAAUACCGAUGAGCUUGACAAUCUGCAGAAGCAGCUCGAGUCUACACUAGGCAAAGUCCGUGACAGGAAAGAUGAGCUACUGAACCAGCAGCUGGACGAAUCACGGCGCAAGGUGCACAUCUUGGAGGACCAUAACCGUCGCCUGCGCCAAAUGGUAAUCUCCAUAUUGCUGCCUUCUUAG